AUGGUGAACUUUUAUCGCCGGUUUCUCCCGAACUGUGCCGAUACCAUCCUUCCUCCGACCAAUCUCCUCUCAGGUUCUAAACGCACCUUUGAACUUACACCAGCAGCACUCACGUCAUUUGAGCAGGUAAAAGCCCUUCUGGCUGAUGCCACCCUCCUGACUCACAUUCAUGCUGAUGCACCCAUAUCUUUGAUGGUCGAUGCCUCCAAUGUCGCUGUUGGCGCGGUUCUUCAACAAAGUCUGCCGGAUUCUACCGUGCCUUUGGCUUUCUUCUCCAAGAAACUAUCCAAAGCCGAAACCCGCUACAGCACAUUCGGACGUGAACUUCUCGCCGCUUAUCUUGCCGUAAGGCACUUCCGGCAUUUACUCGAAGGUCGAGAGUUCACAAUUUUCACUGAUCAUAAGCCACUCACGUUUGCAAUGCAUUCCCACUCUGACAAGCUAAGCCCCCGGGAGAUCCGUCACCUGGACUACAUUUCGCAGUUCACUUCAGACAUCCGCCAUAUUGACGGGUCACGGAAUGAGGUGGCUGACGCACUGUCCAGGCCCUCUAUUGAUCAUCUUCAGCUUUCACCCGGGAUAGACCUCGCUGAGAUGGCCGCUAAACAACGCCGUGUCGGUCCACCCUGUGAUGAGGAUGCUUCCGGACUCCAACUUCAGGAACUACCACUGACGACUGGCAACGGCACCAUCUUAUGCGACGUAUCCACCCCUUCCCAUCGUCCAUUUGUGCCACCAUCCCUCCGCCGUAAAGUUUUCUCCUCCCUGCACAAUCUCUCUCACCCUGGGAGUCGAGCAACCGACAAGCUGGUUUCCGCCCGCUUCGUCUGGCCUGGUAUGCACAAGGACCUCAAGGCAUGGACACGGGCUUGCAUCGCCUGUCAACGGAGCAAGAUCCAGCGGCACAACAAGGCCCCCAUUGGCACCUUCCCCGGCCCUGGUUCAAGGUUAAGCCACGUUCACCUGGACAUUGUAGGCCCCCUGCCUCUGUCCAAUGGUUGUUCCUAUCUCCUCACCCGUGUGGAUCGGUUCACUCGGUGGCCUGAAGCUAUUCCUUUGCCGAAUGUUCAGGCUGAAACUAUCGUGAAGGCCUUCGUCAGUCGUUGGAUCGCCAUGUUCGGUGCCCCAUCCACGGUUACGACUGAUCGUGGUGCCCAGUUUGAAUCGGCACUCUUCCAGACGUUACUCAAUUUCCUUGGCUGCACACGCAUUCGGACGACAGCCUACCACCCAGCUGCCAACGGUAUGGUGGAACGUUUUAAUCGUCAGCUAAAGACCGCCCUGCGUGCCGUAGAAGACCCAGGAGACUGGUCGGACAACCUUCCCCUUGCACUCCUCGGCAUCCGCGCAGCUCUGAAGUCGGAUCUGGGCUGUAGCACAGCUGAAUUGGUUUUCGACUCUACCCUCCGACUGCCAGGCGAGAUGAUCACUCCAACCUCUCGUGGCGCCGACGAGACUCCUGACAAUCUUGUGCACCGUUUGCGGCAAUUUAUGCGCUCGCUUUCCCCGGUUCCCCCUCGAACCCCAAUGACUGAGUCUUAUGUCGAAAAAGACUUGGACAAGUGUACUCAUGUGUUCGUCCGGUGUGACCGUGUGCGCCAGCCGCUGGAAUCACCAUACGAAGGACCGUUCCGCGUGCUCGCGCGCAACACCAAGACCUUCCGGAUCCUUCGCAGUGACAAGGAGGACGUGGUCAGUGUCGAUCGGGUCAAGGCUGCUGUCGCAGAGGAGCCGCCGGACCUGUCACAAGGACAAAAAUGUGCUGACCCCCUAACCCCUGUUCCUCCAUCUUCCCUAUCCCGUGCUCAUUCACCCUGCCCACUACCUCGCCCUUCCCAUCCCUUGCCCUCUAUCCCUCCGUCCCGUAUACUUCCUUUGCCCCCAUGUCCGCAACCCACAACUGCAACUACUCCUUCAUCAACCAACAACACUGUAACCGCGAGCCAUACUCACUCUACUCCUGUGCCCCCUGUAUAUAUCACCCGUAGCGGACGCCAUGUUCACUUUCCUGACCGUUUGGUCACUCAUGUUUUUUAG